AUGGCUGUAAGAACAAGGGUCAUUUCACCACGUAUUCAUCAAAAACUUAAAUUAUCUACUAGUGCUGUUAAUGAAUUACAUGAUGUUCCAUUUAAAGAAUGUCAACAAUCAACACUUCGUUCAAGAGCAUUAUUAUCUCCACGUUUUACUGACCAUAAAUCAAUGUUUUCACCUAUUCAAAAGAAAUCACCAGAACAAGCACUUAGGUCUUUAUUAUUUGGUGAAACACCAUCUCUUCUUUAUUGUUAUUGUGAUUCUUUAUUAAAACAAACUGUGUCCCUAUCAGCAAUUAAUUCAUUAUUAGUAUUUUAUUCAUCUCGUGGUAAAGUUACAUUAUUAUUUACUAAACUUGGAGAAAAAGAAAUCAAUAAGUCAAAACAAGGAAUUCCUCUUUUUAGAGGAAAUACGUCUUUUAUUCGAUUGUAUAAUACCUAUGUUAUUACAUAUUGCAAUCACUAUCUAAUUGAUAUGGCAGAUAUAAUCGUUCAUGAAACAGACCAACCUUCAAUAAAUGAACAGUAUCAAAUAACAAAAUGGGUUAAAGCAUUUACAAAAUAUCUUGUUAAUAAUUUACAUUCUAUUUGUUCUCAUCAUAAAAGAAUUAUUAGGGAAUUAUGUCGUUAUGUUUCUCCUUCAUUAGAUAAUCAAAAGAGAAGACAAGUUUUUACAACAUUAUUCUUUCUUCGUUAUUUAUUUCUUCCAUUAAUAUCUUAUCCUUCACUUUUAAAAACACUUCAAAAAGCUAUUUCAGAAUGGUUAAAACAACCAGAAAAGUCACAACGUGAUCAAAAUGAUCCAAUGACAUCAUUUAAAAAUGCAAUUGAUAUUGUAUAUGAUUAUAUUAUUAAUUUUCCAGAUGGAAUGGAUGUUGGUAUGGUUGAUCAACGAAAACAAGAAGAAUCAUUAUGUCAUCUUAUUAGCAUUCUUAAAGAAAAUAUGCAUGUUCUUAGUAAUUGCUAUUCAGAUGACUUUUAUGAUAUCUUUAGUCUUGUAAAAGGAAAUCAAGUAGACAUUGCACCAACUAAUGUUGCCGCAUCAAUAAAUAAUAUUAAACAAUGGAAUGAAGACAAAAUUAAUACUAUGACAAAAAUUAAUGUUGAAUUAAAAGCAAAAAUUAGACAAAUGGAAUUGCAGAAUGAAAAAAUUAAACAACAAAUUAGAAGAAUCAAAUCAAUUUAA